CACGUCAACGCGCGGCCGUCCUGAUCGCAACAAACCUCCACAGCUCUCAGUGCGCUCUACCAUAUCUAGUCUAUGAGCCCGCCACGGUUCCCAUCGCGAAAAGUAACAUCAGUCACUGGAGCCCUCGCCCCCCGUUCGCUGCGCAACAAUGGGUCCUGAACCACCAUCGAUGAUGGUACCGGCCGAUCGCUGCGACGACGACUGCGUUGCGCACCGGCCUGGGCAGCAGUAUGCAUCCUCGACGGUCCAGCUGCUCUUUGCGUCGAUACCAUUUGUUGUCACGUUCUCGGUUAUCUCGAUCAUCGUUCUCCACCGACUAUUUCCCGCACUUUGCGGCGCUGGCGCCCGUCACAACACCAACCCCGAGAGCCGCCUGCGCAAACGGAUCUCUGCAAUCGCUUUCAGCACAACGUUGGGAGCUACGGGUGUUCUGGCUGAGCUGGUGCUCUGCGAGGUCAGUGAUUGGGUCAACAGCGAUGCGCGACGAUUGGCUUUUCGGACCGUGGUGGGCGUGUUAUUGGUGUGUCUGAUUGCGGUUAUUCCGCUACUGGAGCUAUACUCUCUGGUCGAGGGACGAUGGGAUCGGAAACGACGGACGGUGGUAGUGGUGGGUGGCUUCACGGCUUGGCUGUGGGUGUUCUGGACACUGGGCGACAAGCUGCCAAUCCGCAGUGGAGAGAUGGGAUUGUGGGCUUCGAAUUCAAGAACGUUGUGCCAGGAGUGCAUUGCGAGGGUGGGCGUUGUGGGUGUUUCCCUCAUGGCGCUGCUUUCGGGAUUCGGUUGCGUGUCGACGCCGUGGCACAGCUUUGUCGCGAAACAACGGCCGGUGUCGGAUACAGACGUCUCGCGCGCUCGGGGAGGCUUGGACGCUACAACGGAGCUGCUGAACAGCAAGAGGAACAAGCUGCGCUACUUGGAGAAGAAGAUACAGGAGAAGGACUCCUCGCAAGACGGCUUGAUGACCAAAAUGAUGUCGACGCUGCGCGGGGGCGAUACGGAUACCCAGGAGCAUGCGGUGCUACUGAAAGAAGUCUCCGGACUGGAAUCGAUGCGAGCGUCGCUCUCAUCCGAGCUCACACAGCUGGAGCGCAAUCUCACCUUCCAGCAGCGUUCGCAGACCGCGAGGGGCCGCAUCCUCACCACCGUGUAUUGGGCCUUCUCAGUCUACUGUAUCUACCGGAUCGCGGCAACGACAUUCGCGCACCUGCCGUUUGUGCGACACCGUGACUCGUCGUUCUCGCGCAGCGAUCCCAUCAGCAACGUGCUCGCGCUCCUGGCCGAAUACUGGGAUCCGCAUCUCGACCGCGUUGCAUGGUCACGGCAGAUCGGCUUCCUCCUCUCCGGUGUGAUCAUCUGCGGUUCCCUCGGUUCCGUCCUGACGACGAUCAACAUGGUGAUGCGGAUUGCUCCCACUUCCAUCAGCGACAAUAACCCAAAUCUCGCCCUGUUCUUCUCGCAGAUCAGCGCAGUGUACGUUUUGGCCUCGGCACUCCUCCUGCGCAGUAACUUGCCGCUGAGCAUGAGCACCGUCAUCUCAGAGUCCCUAGGUGCCCCACUAGAUCCGGCGUUCGUGGACCGGUGGUUCGAUGCGUUGUUCCUGGGUGCCGCCGCGUUGACCGCAACGGCGUUGAUGGCGUUUAGGGCGCUGUGGGGAAGAGUCACGGGUGAGCCGGAUCUGGAGAGUGGAACGGGCACGAAGCAAUCUUAGAUGAAUGAGUGAAUGGGUAUGAUACUGCUAUAGGUGUACGAAGACACGGAUUGGCGUUGGGUUUUGCUUUUUGUUUCGAUUUUCUAUUCCCUGGAGUUCCGAUGAUUGUGAUAGUCAUCCUUUAUCUUUUUUGUCUCGUUAUCAUGUUUAGGUACGCUCCGUAAGAUACAUAUGGAAUUAGAGCAGAUCACCGUCCAAGACCUCGCG